UCGGGGCGGGGCCAGCACGGGGGACAGGAAGGGACGCGGGACUUGAUCCGGGGAGCUCCGGACGCUGCCGGACGACGCCGGACGACGGCGGACGCGCGCGCUUCGGUCCCCCCCCCCCCCCGCCGCGCUCCCUCCCGCCCCGCUCCCGCGCUCAACUCGUCGGACCCCGCGCCCUUCCGCGUCCCCCGGCGCCGGCGCCGACAGCGGACAAUGGCUCGUGCGCCCUGGGGCCCGCGCGCGGAAGCCUGAGAGCCCUGCGACCUCGUCUGACCGGGGCGGCUGGAGCCCCGGCAGCCCGGGUCCCCGGCCCUCCGCGCCCCACGUGGACGCCGGGGGAGCGCCUGGGUCCCCACCGAGGUUCCGGGCCAUGAGCUCAGCGUUGGGCAGGGCGAGGUCGCGUGGGUCCCCUUCCCGGCCGGACUUGAUCGCUGCCCUCUGGCUUCCUCCCUCCUCCUCCUCCUCCUGCUCCUGCCUCCGCUCCUCUCGCAGCGCCAGCCGCCCUGCGCAGGCCCGGACACCUGCAGCCAGACAUCAUGGACAAGUACGACGACCUGGGCCUGGAGGCCAGCAAGUUCAUCGAGGACCUGAACAUGUACGAGGCCUCCAAGGAUGGCCUCUUCCGCGUGGACAGGGGCGCUGGCAACAACCCUGAGUUCGAGGAGACGCGCAGGGUGUUCGCCACCAAAAUGGCCAAGAUCCACCUCCAGCAACAGCAGCAGCUGUUGCAGGAAGAGCCUUUACCCAGGGGAGCCCGGGGUCUGGUCCAUGGCGGGGGCCGCCUGGGUCUCAAGCUGGCUGCAGACGGAGCUGCUAAGCCCCCUCUCGCAGCCUCUGCAGUGGCACCUGGGGUGGCCACCACUGUGGCUCCUGGCCAGCCAGUACACCCAGCCUCAGAGCAGAGGGCUGGGCCUUGUGUCCCGGGCCCUAGGCCCAACAACCAGGAGCGCACCUCCAGGGAGGGUCUGGGGAGCUUGGAGAGGUCUGCUGUCCACCAGCCGGGCCCCUGCGAGGACCCGUCCUGCCUCACUCACGGAGACUACUACGACAACCUGUCUCCGGCAAGCCCCACGUGGGGUGACAAGACAGGGGCAUCCCCGAGCGUCAGCCUGGGUGCAGCGAGCAGGUGGCCUGGUCCCCUAGGGAGCGAUCUCUCAUUGCCCAGGCCCAGUGGGGACCGUCCUCUAUACCAGCCACAGCUGUCCUUUGACAGUGGUCUCCGUGGCCAGGAUGCUAAUGUUGGUGGCCCCAACAUCGAGAAACGGGCAGGCCUCUGGUCCACCGCGGCGUCCCAUCGGGUGAGCCCGCUCCUGUCCCCGGGCCUGGAGAAUGGGGCCCCAGCACAGCCCAGGAGUCCUCUGGUGUCUGCAGCCCCGGAUGCUGGCCAAGGAGUCCUUCUGAAAACAAACUUAGUGCCAGAAUGUGAGGCCUUGGGUGUGCUGGCCAAAUCUACUGUGGAUGCCCAGCCGUGGUUCCGGGACGGGCCCAAGUCGUACCUCUCCAGCUCUGCCCUGUUACCCUCGCCGGCCAGCACAGACGUCCCUGGGCCUGAGCCUAAGCAUGGCUCUGCAGACCCUGACUCUGGUUCCAAGCUCAGCACCACUGGCCCUCGACACCCAGGGGUGCCCUCCCUGCCGGAGCUGUCAUGCAGGGAGGGUCCUGCUGGCUGGUCCUCUGAUAGCAGCCUGGGCCCAGGGCUCCCAGAGCCCCCCAACUCCCCCAGGGUGAGGCUGCCCUGCCAGACGCUGCUCCCAGGCCCUGAGCUUGGGCCCUCCACUGCAGAGCUGAAGCUGGAAGCCCUCACACAGCGCCUGGAGCGGGAGAUGGAUGCCCACCCCAAGGCUGACUACUUUGGAGCCUGCGUGAAAUGCAGCAAAGGUGUAUUCGGGGCCGGCCAGGCCUGCCAGGCCAUGGGCAACCUCUACCACGAUGCCUGCUUCACCUGCGCGGCCUGCAGCCGGAGACUGAGAGGAAAAGCCUUUUAUUUCGUCAACGGCAAAGUGUUCUGUGAGGAAGACUUCCUGUACUCUGGCUUCCAGCAGUCUGCCGACAGGUGUUUUCUCUGUGGACAUCUGAUCAUGGACAUGAUCCUGCAGGCCCUGGGGAAGUCCUAUCACCCUGGCUGUUUCCGCUGCGUCAUCUGUAACGAGUGUCUGGACGGGGUCCCCUUCACUGUGGACUCGGAGAACAAGAUCUACUGUGUCCGAGAUUACCACAAGGUGCUGGCCCCGAAGUGCGCAGCCUGCCGGCUCCCCAUCCUCCCGCCUGAGGGCUCCGACGAGACCAUCCGAGUGGUGUCCAUGGACCGAGACUACCAUGUUGAGUGCUACCGCUGUGAGGACUGUGGCCUGGAGCUCAAUGAUGAGGAUGGUCACCGCUGCUACCCUCUGGACGACCACCUCUUCUGCCACGCAUGCCACGUGAAGAGGCUGGAGAAAGGGCCCUCAUCCACCAGCCUCCACCAGCACCACUUCUAGCCCGUGUGGCUCCCAGCCUGGCAGGGAUGAGGUGUCAGGCAGGGAUGAGACGUCUGCCUGUGAUGUUCACCCCGGCCUGGGACUGGGGUAGGCGUAUGUCCCUGUGUGCCUGAGGGACACCUUCAGCUAGGGAGGUGCACGUCCGUUCCAUGUGCCUUUGCCCUCUCUGCACUGAGGCUGGGUUACUCAAGGAGUUACAGCAGCAUGUUUGUGUGUGUGUGUGUGUGUGUGUGUGUGUGUGUGUAUCCACGUGCAUGUGGCCUGGAGCUCAAGGUCGUAUCUGUGCAGGGUUACAACCUCAGCUGCAGCAUCCUGAAGGGCCAGCUCAGUGCCCAAACAUUCAGCCCUCACCAAACCCAGGCACCGCUGCCUCUCCCCAGGGCCUAGGGUCUUCUGGGAAUGCCCGAACACUUCCACUGCAUGCUGAUGGAGGGAGGGAGCUCUUUCGUAAGCUUUGUGUCAGGAAAAUUGGCUGGGAAGCCAGAGCCGGGAUCUGAGCUCUGCUAACUCCAGCUGUGCUGUGUGUCCCUGGCCCCCAGGGUGUCCUCUGGCACUGGGGCCCAGCAGAGGCUGGCCUGGCCCGGCCUGGCCUAGCCAGCUCCGGGAGAGAGACCUUGGUGCGGGCACCAGGACUCUCACCCAUCUGUCGGUGCUGCUUUGAUCGAGCUCUUGAGUCUGUGCCUCGGGAGUGGCUCCAAGAGUCUGGGGUUCCCAGUCGGGAUGCCUCUGGUUGAGCUUAUUUAAGGAUGGACUUUCUAGAAGCCCUGCGCACAUAGUGCUCGAACACGUGUGUGAGACUGAUCACGAAGCCAGCCCUGAGGGAGGAGUGAUGCUCGUUUCCAGGCUUCCCUCACCCUCAUCCUGGUCCAGCCGUUGAUGUUCCUAGGAACCCGUUCCAAGGUACCCAGCUUUCUGUCUUCCACACACACAAUACCUCAGACAGAACUUCACCAAGUUGCCGUCGGAGGACGCAGUGACAUCGCAUGGGACUCAGGUACCCUCCCAUUUGGCACUGGGAGCCGGCUGGCUGGCGCCAUGUGACCAAUGUUGAGGCCGAGCACCCUGACCUCUGUACUCCCCAGGCUGGCUCCCCAGGUGGCAGGGCCGAGGGGAGUGACAGGCCGGUAAGAUGUCAGGGCUGGCAGCUCUGCACGGACCAGAACCUGCAAUCCAAGCCACGCUCGUGAGCCAGAGGUCACACUUCUUGGCAUUUCAAAUGGGAGAAACUGCUGUAAAAGGAAAGAGAAGAGUGGGGAGCCUAUGACUUGCUGGGCGUGGUGGCGGGUGGCGCACCCCUGCAAGCCUAGCACGUGGGAGGCUGUAGUAGGAGGAUCAGGCCUGGUGACACUGUGUCUUCUCAAGUCCAUCUGGAGCCAGGUUGGGCGCUGACCAUGGAGCCCCAGGUGCACAUGGACACAGCCUUGUCCCUUGGCCUGGCACCGCCUGUAGGCCACUUACAUGAGGCCCAUGCUGUUGGAGUCCUUCAGUCCGAUGUUAAUUCCCAGCUUCCUGCGCUUGGGCCAAGCCCCUUGCAAACCCGUGGUCACAGGGGCUUGAGGCUGCCCCCUGCCUCCAUCAAGUCCUCCACCUGGGCAAGGCCAGCCUGCGUGUCCGACCGUGGAAAGGCGGCCUUGCUCAUGAGCAGAGAAAGGAAAACUGUAUGGGCCCCCAGUCCACCCCAGAAGCACCAGGGUGCUUUUGCUAACCGAGUAGUUUUAAAACUCAGUGAUUAAUUUUUGUAAUGAAAUUUUUAAAGUGGCCUUGACUGAGGUGAUUCAGCCGUAUUUGCAAAUACGAUAUUUUAUACUGCUGAAAAAGAGCAAUAAAGGUUUUUCCAGCUGCCCUAGGAGUCCUAGCAGGGCGCUGUGCCCUGCUUGUCCACUUCCCUGCUGAGGGCACCUACGGGAGCUGAGUUCCUUACAUUUCUCUCCUCUGUCUCAGGCCCUUGUACAAAAGUGGUGAAGAGACAGAUAUUCACCUAUUUUAAAUGUUCUAUAAGUUAUUAGCCAAAUAGAGUUGUAUUUAUGGAUAUGUAGGAAGAAAACACAAGGUCCUGGUAGACCAGGAUAAAGGUUUGUUUUGAAAAUUAGAGCAGAUGGCCUUACUUGCAUUUCCUGGACAAUUCCUGGACCUUAAUCUUAAUGAAACCAGGAUGCAGGCUGGAGCCGGAGCCCAGCGCCAGCCGGCAUCCUUGUGUCGCUCUGUUUUACCCUUUAGCGCACUUUGGAGCUCUCUCUCCUCCCCUUUUUUCUUUUGACUGCCUGACUUGGGACAUUGAUAAACUGCCUGGGUCAUCUGGAAGCGGUGUCCGAGACGGGGGUUCUCGCUUCUUCGCUCAGCAACGUCAGACCCCGUCUGUGCUUGGCAAAAGGUGAUGUGCUCAAGUCUCACUCCAGAGGCUUGUUUGGUCCUGUCCAGGUCGCUGCCUGCACGGGGCUGAGGGGCGAGACUUGGUCUCAUCUCUGGUUACUGAGGAUAAUCGAGGAGUUCUGGUCUCCUUCCAGCACCAUCGUCCCCCUGCUUUAUGGGCUUGAGUCAUAGUUAGGAAGCUAAAAGCACUAUCCUUGGGACCAGAGCGGACAUGGGGAGUUCACUACCCACUGCAGACCAUGCAUCCCUGAGGCCUGCGAAGGUGACAGCCACAUGACCACGUGUACCCUCGCAGAGAAAGAAAUGUGUCUACCCUGCGCUGUGCUUGCCUGACACAUGUUUUCAAACUGCCAGGAGGGUCAUGGAUACAGCUCAGUGGCACAGUGCCUGCCUGGCAAGCACAAGGUUCUGAGUUCGAUUCUUGGUACCAAAAAAAGUAAAAAUGCCAGGAAAUCCAGUUUUUUGUUUUUCCUUUGCCAACAGUCAGUCCCAAUUUCCCACUUAGUAUUUCAAACAACUUUAGCAGAAGGGGGGGAAAAUGAGUGAAAUAUACUAGCUGACUUUUGUUCUGGGCCCAAACUGGACAGAUGUGGAAAAUAUCCGAAUAGGAAUUAAAAGUUCACACAGUUUGCUGUAUAAUGAAAUUAUCAUCUUCUGUGUCUCUUACCAUAAAAUUACUGAGUUACUAUAAAAUGAUUCAAGGUAUCACAGCAAUAAAACUGCCCCAAUCUAGGUAUUAAAGUGCUUCCCAUAUA